AUGAUUCGGAUGACUGCGGCUCUGUUGAUGUUCGGAUUGGGCUGUCUUCACAUGGGUUUUAUUUUUGCCGAAUUUGCUGAGCCGAGCAAUGGAAUUGCAAGUUAUCUGGAAUUGGAGGCUGUUCUGGUGAAACAGUUGGAGUCUUAUUUGGACAAGGUAGAGAAUGAGCAAGACAUGAUUACAAGUCACCUGCUCGAUAUCAACCAGGUGCAUAUCGAUAUAGAUGAUACAGAAGAGCACUUUGGGAAUCCAGUCAAUGCGUUCAGGACCAUCAGUCGGUUCACAAGCACCUGGAAGCAUGAGAUCCUCGAUGUAUUGCUUGAUAACUCCACGUAUAGCACAUAUGUUAACGGAGUAGCCAACGAGAUGAAUAAGAAAAAACUCGAAGUCCCACUAAAUGAGCAUCUCCUAGGCGCCAGCGAUAAUCUAUUGGAGCUGCAGGAAAGCGAAGGCCUGACCACAUCUGAGUUGGCCAACGAAGAGGUGCUGAGAGACGAAAAUUCUGGCAAGAGUGUGAUUCUCAGCGCCAGCGAUUGCUACGUCUUUGGACGCAAUCUGAAUCAGCUGCAGCACUACGAAUAUGCAGCGCAGUGGCUGCUGCAGGCGCAACAACGUGCAGCUCAGGAAGCGCCAACGUUUCCUAAUGUCAGCAAAACACGUAUACUGGAAGAGUUGUCUCUGGCAUAUAGAAAGCUAGACAACAUUAAGCUCGCCAACAAGCUCAACAACGAAAUUCUAAAACUUGAACCGACCAACGAGGCAGCCCUUAAUAAUAAAAUCCUGCUACAGAAGGAACUGAUACUAGAGCGCAUAACCAUGUCCAAGCUCAACCAAGACGGCCUAAGAUAUGAAUGUUAA